AUGGACAUUUCCAACCCGAGGAGGAUUCUGGCCGUCAGCCUAGAGGGCGAGGAGCAGCAUCUGAGUCGUGUCAUCAAAGAUCUUACCGGAUCAUCACCAGAAGCGGCAUCAACGUCACUGGCGGGCACCACGCAUGACCUUGAGCUCAAAACGUCAUACUACACAGCCUCUGUCCCGAUAUGGAUAGAUCUCAUCGCUUCUCCGGCAGAAUGGGCUUCGUCUUUCCUAUCCGAAGAAGCCCGCGAGGUCCUCGCCGUCCUGGGCGGCCUCGUUCUCGUCUUUGCAAUACCUAAUGCCAAGCCCGCAUCUUUAUCUGGGGACAACGACACCCCCAGUCUUAUUCGACACGUUGGCAGUGUCGUCCAGAAAGGCCUUGGCGGCUGGGAAUGGGAUGGAGUCAGGCUAGCCGUUGGUAUCGGCGAGGGCGAUGACGCCGAUGAAUGGGACGAGCUAUGCGCGGAAGCCGGCCUGGAGUUUGUACAGCUGAAAAGCGGGCAAAAGGAUAAAAAUGAGUUUGGAGAAAAGACGGGGAUUUCUCGGGUCAAGGAAGCCCUUGAAUCAAAUGACUGGGAGCAGUUAAAUGAUGACCCGCUCUCUGAUUUGGACGAGACGCGCUCUGAUAAAUCUGAAGACGCAGAGGACUUUGAUCCAGAGAGCUUAGACUUUGGCGUUGACCGUUCUGAUUUUGAAGGGCUGCGCAUGGCAAUUUGGGAAACAAGCCGACUCGAAACUGGGGAUGUCGACAAUGCUCUUUCAAAACAAACCGAGGCGAAUGUGCCCAAGGCGGCGGACGUCAAAGCAGGUCCCGCCCCUGAUACCAACGAUGUCGUGGCGUCGGACCGCGACCUUGACGACGAGGAUGUGGCCAAGGUGGAAAAGAUGAUGAGGAAGCUUCAAGCGACUAGAGAAAUGGGAGAGGGCAUGAGCGAGGCGCAGAGAAAGCGGCUGGCAGCCAGAGCCGUGGAGGAGGUAAUGCGGGAGCUUUGA